GUGUGUCCCCCCCCCACCACCCUUCCAAUGUUUAUUUUCAUCUGGUUUAAGUGUAGGUCACAUGGCUUUAGCUAGAUGUGUGUUGGAAUUUGGGCCCUGAAGUUUGGUUUGUGUUUUGUGUGGUUUCAUGUAUACGCUUCAUUGAGGAGGUGAAGGUUUCUUGCAACAUUUAAGAGUCGACUCAUGGAUACGACUUACUCCUCGCAUCAGUAAUCUGCCUAACGGAAGGGAAAAGAAUGAUGGAACCAAUCGAUGCAUUUUACCGGCUUUGUGAAUGUUUAAAAACUGAUAAUAAAGUGGAAGAAGUGUCGAAGAUGUUUUCAUCUUUCGAGAGAGAUAGUAACCGUGUGUCAUUCGUAAUGGAAUUGCUGAGACAGUACAAUAUUCUGACUUUACCGUUGUGCCGUAAAGACAAAAAGUCUGAUACCAUAGCAGCAGAAUAUAGGAUGCAAGGCAAUCGCGCUUAUCAACAGAAGGACGAUCGUAAAGCACUCAGUUUGUACAACAGAGGCAUAGCUUUUUCUCCAGUUGUUCAGUUAGCAGACACUGAAGGAGACAGUAACGAGCUAUCGUUAGGGUUUGCCAACAGAUCAGCUGUUGCAUUUUCGUUAGGCGACAGUGCUUCAUGUCUUAAGGACAUUGAUCUAGCAUUUAAGUAUAGAUACCCUGCUAAUUUACAUUACAAACUACUAGAAAGGAAGGGUAAAUGCUUUCUGAGAAUGAACAGAUUUGAAGACGCAUUCGAAACUUUUACGGGUGCAUUAAAAGCUCUGGAACUAGCGUCAUUGCCUGCAGAGAAAUGCCAGUCUGUAAAGAAACAGAUAAUUGAGUUGCAAGGAAAAACAGAGUCUAGAAAUGCAGCAACUGAGAAGCCCUACCUGUUUAGUCUCCAACAAAAGUUACCAAGAAAAACAUACCAAGAAAGUAAUGAAAUUGUUUGUGCUUGUGAUGCAGUUGAAAUAAAAUACAGCCAAGACAUGGGGAGGUACAUCCAAGCAUCAAAAAAUUUAAAUCCUGGCUGCAUCACUGGUGAGUCAUUCUGGAAGGUUUACAAAAUAGCCACCUACAACUGCCAUAACCUCUUCAUUUUCCUCUCAAUUUUUAAGUCACAAUUUUUCUUAGAAGAUAAAAUGUGUGGAAAUCAUAGGAUGACAGGUGAUGUGAUUGCAAUUGAGAGGCCAUAUGCUUCAGUGCUGUUAGAUAAUGCAUACUACACCCACUGCUACAACUGUUUGCUGCGCUGUAAUGCACUGAUCCCUUGUGAAACAUGUUCCAUGGUGAUGUUCUGCAGUGACAAAUGUCGAAAUGAGGGACUAGAGAAAAGUCAUUCUGUUGACUGUUCUAUUUUGGCACCACUUACCAGAUAUGGAAUUGAUAAAAUGGGAAUGUUGGCUGUAAGGAUUAUAUUGACUGCAGCAGCUUAUGGAAAAAAAUUAAAUGAGCUGAUCAGUGAAAUACGAUCUUUUGAAAUGGAGACAUCUGCAGAUAAACGAACAAAAGGUUUCAGCAAAGAUGGAAAAUAUCAUUCUGAUGAAUAUACAACAAUUUAUCAUCUGGUUGGCAAUACAGACAAACGUACUGUAGGUGAUUUGUUUAAGCGUGCUGUUAAUGCUGCAUGUAUAUUGCAUUGUUUUGAAGAGUACUCAGAUUUCUUCAAUCCAGAAAAUGCUUCAAGUAAUAAACAGUUGCCUGAUUCAGGAAAGAACAAGGGAAGUGAGGGUCAUCAGAGCCCUCAAGAUUUUCAGAAGGAAGCCAAACUUAUUGUUGGUGGUCUUUUAUUGAGACAUUUACAAAAUUUACCAUGCAAUGCUCAUGAAGUUUCAGAAUUUAUACACAUUUCUGCAGUAACCCAAAACAAAGAAAAGUUUGAUUUAGACAUGAUAGAAAUAGGAGCCGCAGCAUAUUCUUUUUUAAGUUUGAUAAACCACUCAUGUGAUCCAAAUGUUGUGAGGAAUAGUCACUGUGGAAGCACAGCUGUUCUGAGAGUCAUAAAACCAAUCAAGAAAGGUGAACAGGUCUUUGACAAUUAUGGUUAUCAUUAUGCAACUCAUAGCCUUGAGGAAAGACAGUUACAUCUGAGUUCACAGUACUUUUUCAGGUGCAUGUGUGAACCAUGCACCGGUAAUUGGCCUUUAUAUGUCAGUCUCCCGAGUGCACAGCUAUUGCUUAAAUGCACUCACUGUAGUGCUAUGCUAGAAGAUAACUUUCCAACCAACCCGUCUGAAGGAAACUUGGUUACAUGCACAAUGUGCAAGGGUGUGAAUGAUGUUGUCAAGAGGAAGAAAGUGUUAAUGGAGUCAUCAGAUCGAUUUAUGGAGAAUAUAUCAGCUGUCUUACGUGGCCACACCGAGGGUGUUGCUACCAGUUUAGUAACUCAUUUGACAUUGUUGCAUGAAAAUGUACUAAGACCAUGGAAAGAAUACAAUGACUGUCAAGAAGCAUUGAAGCAGUGCUUCAAUUUUCUUGGAAACUGUUAUACCAUUUGAUGAAUAAAUAAAAAGUUGGUGCCUUUCUAA